CGCAGCCCUGAUUCAGAGCCAUCCCCGGACUCCUCAGAUGCCUCCAGAAGCCCCAUCCAGCACUUUCUUACAUAAGACAGGUAUUGGGAAUGCCCUAGUGGAAUCUGAAAUGGUUCUGAUUACUGUUAAGAAUGCUGAACGACUCUGGAUACCUGAUGCAAACCACAGGACAAAUAGAAUCCUGCCCCGAGAACUGUGCUUUCUCCAAAUGCUUCCAGCAAAGUGAAUAUCAGUAUGCUCAAACAAUGGAAACUGAGUUUCUGAGACCUAAAGAGAAAAUGACAAGAAUUCAUUUGUGGAGUCUCAGCCACACCCCUGGAGAUGUCAGAGCAGAAGCCCCAGCCAUGGCUGCAAACCUAAAGAAGCUGGUGAUCGUGGGGGAUGGUGCCUUUGGGAAGAUGUGCCUCCUCAUUGUCUUCAGCAAGGAUCAGUUUCCAGAGGUCUACAGCCCUACCGUCUUCAAGAACUAUAUUGCAGACAUCAAGGUGGACAGCAAGCAGGUGGAGCUGGCUCUGUGGGACACAGCAGGGCAGGAAGACUAUGAUCGUCUGAGGCCUCUCUCCUACCCAGACACUGAUGUCAUCUUCAUGUGCUUCUCUACUGUCAGCCCUGACAGCCUGGAAAACAUUCCUGAGAAGUGGACCCCAGAAGUGAAGCACUUCUGCCCCAACAUGCCCAUCAUUCUAGUGGGAAAUAAGAAGGACCUGAGGCAAGAUGAGCAUACCAGGAGAGAGCAGGCCAAGAUGAAGAAGGAGCCUGUUCAGUCUGAGGAAGGUUGUGACACGGCGAACCGGAUCAGUGCCUUUGGCUUCCUUGAGUGCUAAGCCAAGACCAAGGAAGGGAUGUGGGAGGUAUUCAAGAUGGCCACUCGGACUGGCCUCCAGAAAACGGAUGCUAUGAUUCCCAAAACUCAUGAUGCCAAUAGGACAAGGUCCGUCCA